CAAGAAGAAUUUGAUAACUACGCCAAUGUAAAUACUGAUGACUUAGUGAAAAAAGUCAAAGAUACACUUAGUCAGUAUUCAAUCAGCCAAAGGCUUUUCGGAGAAACAGUUUUGGGGUUAUCACAGGGAAGUGUUAGUGAUCUCCUGGCGAGACCCAAACCUUGGCACAUGUUAACACAGAAAGGAAGAGAACCCUUCAUUAGAAUGCAGUUAUUUCUGGAAGAU